UUAAGUACACUUUAAUGUGGCCGCAUGGCAUCAGCUGAUGAUAUAACCUGACUUUGAUUUCCAAUUGAAAACACCGAAAUGUUACGCAGGUUGGUUCCGAGUCUGCGAUUAACGCUGCAAGUGCCGAAGACAACAUUAGCAGCUGUGAGGAACACCAGCGGCAGUGUUUAUGAACCGGAUUAUCUGGAUUCGCUUAAACCAAAGUUCCCGCAAUACGACAGCCUUAAUGUGCAGAUCAAGGGCUACGACUAUCCGCAGUUGGAGAGCUACCAGCGGUUCCUCCACGGAGUCGCCGAGUACCUGGACUUAGACGUCUCCGACUGCUACGCCCUUCCUCCGCAACAGACUCAAGUUCAGCGGCUUAGGCCCAACUCCACGGUCAUCGAGUCCGAGUACAAACUGACCACUUACGAGCGCAAUCUGCAGCUAAACAACGUGGAUGCGCCGGUCUAUCCCCAGUUCCUUCGCAUCGCCCAGGCGGCCCUGCCCGAAGGAGUGAGCCUGAUGGUCCAGGAACACACCGACGACUGCGAGGAGCGUCGUUAUGUGCCUGAUAAGGAACUGCUCGACCUUAAGGACGAGUUGGAGCGCAUGGGGGGUCCCACUAGCACCAAGAAGAAGUAGCUAUCCGAUUUGGCAAACAUUUAAUGCUAAGCUUUAAUGAGUAACCUGUGUAAAGUGUAUAGAGAACCUAUAAAUAAAAACUUUCCUAUUUAAA